AUGCUGAUAGCAUUGAUAAUUCCUUUAAUUUGUAGAGGAAAAAUUUCAAAUUAUGAUUAUCCUUCUUUUAACAAGUUGUUGUCAUUUCCAAAAUUUGAGGAUAACGUUAACCAAAUUGAUAAGAGGAAAUUUAAUGAUAAUGAAACAAUUAUAGAAAAAAUAAAACCAGAGGUGAUAGGUUUUAGGGCAAAUUCUUAUGAUUAUGAUUUAUCAAAAGAUAUGGAACAAUCACCACCAGCAUUAAUAUAUACAUUAUUUUUAUGUUUAAUACCAUUAGCAACAGUCAUUGGUAAUGUAUUAAUUAUUGUAGCAGUAUUAAGAUUUAAAACACUCCAUACAGCUAUUAAUUUUUUAAUUCUUGGACUAGCAGUAGCAGAUCUUUUGGUAGCACUUUUUGUAAUGCCAUUUGCUGUAUAUGUUUAUAUGCAUGAUGGAAAUUGGCUUUUAGGAUCCCGAAUGUGUGAUAUGUAUACAGCGGGGGAUGUUGCUUGUAGUACAGCAUCAAUUUUAUUAUUAGCUGUUAUAAGUUUUGACAGAUAUAGAGCAGUUUCAUCACCAAUAGAAUAUUCACGUCAAUCAAAAAAUAUAAAACGGGUUCUUUUAAUACUUUUAGCUAUUUGGAUUAUAUCAUUUUCUUUGGCAUCACCAAUAGUACUUGGUGUAAAUGAGCCUCCACCUGAUGCUUCACAAAAUGAGUGUCGUUUAUAUUCAGCAUCAUUUUCUAUAUCUUCAUCAAUUAUUAGUUUUGUUAUUCCGUGUUUUAUUGUUUUAUUUGUAUACAUACGUAUAAUGGUUGCUUUAAGAAAACGACAAAAAGCUGCUAAAAUGAGGAGAGCAGCAAAUGGUGGAUGUGGAGUAAAGAAUGAUAGACGUUCUUUUAGAUUACGUUCUUUUAAAAAUCAGACAAAUGAUUUGACAAAAGAUGAGGCAAGUAGAAUAGUUUCAGCACCAGCUGUCAGCAUGAUGAUGAUGGCUUUACCUUCUAUGUCUAAACGCAUGCAAAAAAUGGAAAAAUCAAAUAAAAUUAUUGAAAGCACUAUUACUGAAGAUGAUUAUGAAGAAGAUGACAAUAAUAGUGUUGAAAGUGAUGAAUCGACAUAUGAAAGUUGUAUGGAUGAUAGAAGGAAUAAAAAAAUGGGAUUGCCAAUGGUUUCUAAUUUAGCUAGAGUUUUAGAUAGUAGUAAAUCUUAUAAUCUACUUUUUUCUAGUAUUGGAUUAUCUAAAGAUAUAAAAGAUAAAAAAAAUGAUAUAUUAAGAAGAAAAAGUUUUGCAUUUAAAAAAUCUUCUAACUUUGUUAAAUGUAUAGAAAAUCGACGACAUAGUAGUGGAAAUAUAACAAUUAAUCCUACUAAUUCAACAUCAACUUAUGCUUUAUUUAAUGUUAAUUCUUUUUCCAAUUCAAAAAGUUCUUUUAUUUGCAAAUCAGUUCCACAAGUUUUAUCUAAUAUUCAUUCUUUAUUAAAGGCUACAUCAAUACAAUCAUUAAUUCUUCCACAUUCAUUAGAAGAAAAAUCAUUAUGUAAUGAGUCAUAUCAUAAACCAUCAUAUACUCCAUUACAUGGUAAUAAUAUAAAUUUAAAUAAAAGAAAAAAUUCUUAUGAUACUUCAUAUCAUCAAACUUCUCUUAUACCAUCCAAUUUUAACCAUAUUGAACAAGUUUCUAAUACUAACAAACCUGUCUUCAAGUUGUUUGAUUAUGAUAUGAAUGUGUCAAGUGAUUUAAUUGAUAACCCUAUUGAGUUGGCAUGUGAAAAGUUAAAUGUAAAAGAGUGUGAAAAUCAGUCUGUGCCGUUAGAUUCAAGUAAUCCAUUAUAUUCAUUUCAAGGAGAAAAAAAUUUACCAUCUAAAUUAGAAAAUUUUCCCGCAAAUAGAUUUGUAGAUACUUCUAAAAGUACCACAUCCGUCAAGUCAACAGAAUUUGAUGAGUCAAUAUCUUUAACAAAAAACUCAGCAUCUAGUGAUUAUUCAGAAAGUUUAAGUAAUGUUGAAAUAGAAAAACCUAAAAGUGAAAAAAAGUCUAAUUUUUUUUCAGCUACUGCUAGAAGGUAUACAUUAGCAAAAAUUCCAGGGAGAGAGAUAACCCAACAUGGAGAUAAAUUAUUAAAAAAUGUAAUAAAUAAAUUUUACCUAAAAAAACAUUCCCAUUCAAUUGAUGUACCAAAUUUAUUGGAACAGGUCAAUUCUGCCAAUCUUAAAAAAAUUAAAAAUGAUAUGAAUUUUGAGUUAUAUAAAAAUUAUAAUUUUAUUCCUACCAAAGAAUCACCAUUAAUUAAUAGUUAUGAAUUUAAUGGUUCCUCAAAAUGUUUAGAACUAAAUAAUGUUAUUAAGAAUGAAUAUAUAAAAGAAGAGGAUAAUUUUUCAAUAGAUGAUUUACAAAAAUUUCAAGAAGAUAUAUUAGCAGGUAAAAUAACAACAAAAUGUUAUUCUACGGCACCAUUAGCAAAAUCAGAAUUUGAUAUGAAUGAUGAUACCAGUGGAAAAAGUAGUUUACAUUCAUUUGACAAUUGUCCAUCAACUCAUACAAUAUUAUAUGGAUUAGAAACAUUAAAUGAUCCAGCGUUAUGUUCUUUACAUGAAUUUGACAAUAUGAAUGAAAUGAAUAAGGAUGAUUUUGAUGAUGGAAUACUUUUGGAAAAUGAAUAUAUAAUAGAUGAUAUUAUUUCAAAUGCAUCUAAUGAAAGUAGCACAGAAUGUCAAUCUAUUCCAAGUAAUUCUAUAACAUUCCAAUUAAGUAUGGAUAAAUCAUUUAAUGAUAACAAUACAAGAAAAACAUCAACAAUAGCAAAACAAGUUUCACUACCUAUUCAACCAUCAUUGAUUAUUCAUUCUCCAGAGGAUGUAGAAAAUGAAAGAAGAGGUAAAAAUCCAAAAUUAACAAUUAGUGCAAGUAACAUUGAAAUUGGAUUUAAUGAGAUACAUCAAAAUGAUGAAAUAAAUACAAAAUCAAGUUAUGAAUCAGAAACCAAAUUAUCAGUAGCUUCAAAAAUGUUGGAAAUUAAAAAUAAAUUUUUUAGUCAUUCAGAGGAUAAUUUUCAAAAAAUUGUUACUAAAAAAAAUGGACAAAAAUCAGUUAAAAGAAAAGAAUCAAGUAUGAAGAGGAAAGCUAACAAGGUUCAGAGAAAAGAAAAACGCGCAACAAAAACACUUGGAAUUGUUGUUGGAACAUUUCUCAUUUGUUGGGUUCCAUUUUUUUCAUUAAAUAUAAUUAAUGGUAUAUGCAAUUUAAUUGAAGCUGAAUCUUGCCAAGUAGGCUUCAACCCUUUCUUUUAUACAACAUGGAUUGGUUACAUGAAUAGUUUUAUGAAUCCUAUUAUUUAUAGUAUCUUUAAUACAGAAUUUAGACGGGCAUUUAAAAGUAUUCUUACAGGUAACAACAACGGAAAUAGAAAUAGAUGGGUUCUUACGAGAACAUCUUAA